CUGUAUCCGGUUUUUUUAAUCUUGACUACUUUAGUGCAGCGUGUAAUAAUUUAAUCUGUAUGCAAGACACUCGUUUCACAGCGCCUCGGCACUUGUGGCAAUGGUCCUUUAUUUUUCCUCAGGCUCCGCUGAGGACAGCGUAGUCGGCUGAGGACCCCCCGGGCUGCAGGGGGAGACGGGCCGAGUGCCGGCUGGCCGGCCAUGGUGAGUGUGGUAUUCUUGCACCCCGACCUGGGCAUCGGCGGGGCUGAGCGGCUGGUGCUGGACGCGGCGCUGGCGUUGCGCCGCCGCGGCUUACAGGUGCAAAUCUGGACGGCUCACCACGACCCGGCGCGCUGCUUCAGCGAGAGCCUGGACCCGGAGCUGCGGGUACAGUGCGCCGGCGACUGGCUGCCCCGCAGUGUGCUGGGCCGCGGGCACGCCAUCUGCGCCGUCCUGCGGAUGCUCUUCGUCGCCUUCUACCUGGUCUUCCUGAGCGGCGAACAGUUCGAUGUGGUCUUCUGCGACCAGGUCUCGGCCUGCCUGCCCGUCCUCAAGCUGUGCCGGCGCCCGAAGCGAGUCUUCUUCUACUGCCACUUCCCCGACCUGCUGCUGACCCACAGGCGGACCGCAGUCAAGCGGCUGUACCGGCGGCCCCUCGACUGGCUGGAGGAGGUCACCACCGGCCUGGCGGACCAGAUAGUCGUCAAUAGUAAGUUCACGGCCGGUGUCUUCAAGCGCACCUUCAAGUCGCUGGCCCACCUGGAGCUCGACGUGCUGUACCCGUCGCUGAACUUCGCCGCUUUGGACCGGGAGCCCACGGGCUUCGACACCCCGCUGCUUCCUGAUAAGGAGCUCAUUUUCCUCUCCAUCAACCGGUUCGAGCGGAAGAAGAACCUGGCUCUGGGCCUGGAGGCCUUACACGCCCUGCGCGCCAGGUUGGCCUGGGCCGACUGGCAGAAGGUGCACCUUGUCCUGGCUGGCGGCUACGACAAGAGGCUGGAGGAAAACGUGGAAUAUUACAGCGAUUUGCAGGAACUGGCGGCCCGGUUGGAGCUGACCGACAAUGUGACUUUCGUCAGGUCGUUCACGGACGAUCAGAAGGUUUGGCUUCUUCGCCGCUGCUGCUGCGUGUUGUACACCCCAAGCAACGAGCACUUCGGCAUUGUGCCUCUGGAGGCCAUGUACACCCGGCGCCCGGUCAUCGCCGCCAAUUCGGGAGGGCCAUUGGAGUCAGUCCAGGACCGGGUCACCGGCUUCCUGUGUGAGCCGUCACCCAGCUGCUUCGCUGAAGCCAUGGAGAAAAUUGUCAGGACCCCUGAAUUACGGGCAAAAAUGGGAGCCGCUGGCAGAACUCGAGUACUCCAAACAUUUUCUACAGAUGCCUUCGAAGAACAGUUAUAUCGCUAUAUAUGCAGUUUAGCAUAAUGAAACUUGCAACACUGGAAUGUAAUUGCGGUGUUAUUGUAGUCGCAAUCAGACACACUGAUUGAAAACAAUAUUCCUUUCAAUAGCUGGCGCAGGUAAAUCACAACAAUACGGCAGGAUAGUUUGGGGCUCUUGUUAAGGUUUAAGGUGAAAUGAACGGUAGUGGAAAUGGCCAGCAAAAGGGCAGGUGGAAUUUUGGACCAGAAGGAAAACAGAGGUAUCGCAGAAAGAGUGGGAUCCAUCUUGGAGAUGAGAUGAGGGGAUUCUUUGGACUGGCAGAAAUGGCGGAAAUUUAGCUGACAACAUGAAAAGUUCUUCAUGUAAACAAUUAAAUAUUUUUAAAAUGGCUAACAUUUUGUGAGCUAAAAUAAUAAGUGUACUGCAAUGAUACUUCGUCGUUAUUUUGAAAUGUCAAAUGCAAUGUUACAUAAGUCCUUUUCAUUACCAAAGAAGCAACCUCAAAUUCUUUAUUUUAUUUAAAAUAAAAUUCACUCACCCCACUGUUUACUAGGCGUGAUUUAUAUACUUGCCCACCGUAUUUUUCCAACUUUAGAUUUAUUUCAGAAUGACUGGUUGUUGCCAGAGCAUAUCAACAUUCAUAGCAUAUUCAGAGCACAUCUUUGCCAGUUAUCCCUUCAACCAGCAGAGCCGGUAGUAUUGUUUCUCCACUCAGUGAAGCUCUGUGGCUUACUCUGUUAUUUGGUACUGUUGAAGUCCUCUCAUCUAAAUCCUUACAUUGGUUGAGGUGACCCGACUCCCAGCUGUUCUUGUUGAAUGCUCUUGGCAUACCUAUGCCUUCAUUGUUGUCAGUCAAGCAUAACCUGCUGCUUUUAAUGAUUUAGAUGCUUUUUCUGUUGGAACCAUUUUUGAAAGGCUCCUUACUAAGGGGACAGUAAUGUUAAUGGAUACAUGGAACUGUUUGUUGUAGAAGUUACAUUUAACAUUAACCUUAUUACAAUCAGUGGUUUCUGUUGAAUGGAAAUCAAAAUAAAAUUGUAAUCAUGAGAAAUGACUCUGAAAAUAUAUUUCUAUUAAUCCUUGUUUCAAAAACCUUUUGCCACUCAGACCAAUAUGGAGAAAUUAGUCAAAUUGUCUGUAUUUCAUUAAAUUGAAACAAAAAUCAACAACAGUGUCUUACUUUGAACCAAACAAUUGUUUGAAAAAUUACUUGUAGCAUGGUGCUCUUUACAACUGCAUUCCUACUUGUCAUUAACAGUACAAUAUGUUCAUGAGUAAUUAGAUUGGUAAUCUUAGAUUUUCUGUUUCUCUCUGGAUUGACAAUUCCUGCUUUUUAAUAAUUUCAUGUGUAGUCAGUGAGGUAACUUUGAAUCCACUAUUUCUGAAUCGUAGGACCAAACACUUCAAUUACUAAGUGCAAAACUAAAUAUAAAAGCUACAAGGAUUAUAAAUGUUAUCUUUAGUAAAUCUGUGAGAUUAAUGCUCAAGGCUAAAUGGGAUUUGUUGAAAAUUAAAAGCAAUAAAUGAAUUUUAACC